UCUAUUUUCACUGGCCUCCGAGCAUUAGAAGCCGCUCUGCGAAUUGCGAACAGUACCGGUGAACCUCUCUUUGCUCAGAGAUCUUCACAGAGUCACUCAGCCCCUCAAUUCUACGUGGGUCUCUUACCCAAAACCUCACCUCCUUCCGAUUCCCGCCGUCUCUGCCGCCAAGGCCUUAGGGUUUCUCUUUGUUAGUCUACUUUGGUAGCCAUGAAUCCAAAUCCGUACCAACCUAUGGCACCUCCACCUCCAUGGCCUCGAAUGAUGCCUCCCAACGCUCCUAUGGUGCCGCCCAACCCUCCGGUGACGAGCACUUUCUGGGAGACCGCAAAUGUGCGUGAUCAGCUGAAGAAUUUGCAGGGCACUCUUGGUCUAGCAAAAGCAAUGCAGAAGGAGCUUGAGAUGCUGAUGUUGAUGAAAGAUGGUAAGGGGUCUGAUGAUGAUGCUUCUGUCAGCGGGUUUUCUGAGUUUUUGAAAGAUAGGAAGAUUGAUUUGGAGGCCCAAGUGUUGCAAUCAGUGGAAGCUGCAAACUCUUUAAUGGCGACACUACGAGUUGAGCUUGAACCGUUUAGAGCGAUCACGCAUGAAAUGUGUCCCUGGGAGGAAAAAUCUGCGGCUGUCCGAUUAUCCAAUAAGAUAUGCAAGUCCAAGAGGAAUAAACGGUGGAGGAAAAGAAAGAGGAAGCGCAUUGCGGAGAUGAUUGCAAAGGAACGUGAAGGGUUUGAUGAAGCUGAUCGAGAAGCUGAUGAAUGGAGAGCUAGGGAAAUUGCAAAGGAUAUUGCCAAACGCAAGAUGGAAGACAUGAAGAAAAUUGCAAGCCUUAAAGCAAAGGAAGAGAGAAAGAGACUAGAAUCUGAGCUUGAGACAGUAUUGAUUGUUGAGAAAUUGCAAGAGUUGCGCUCCAUCAGGAUUGAGAAAAUGAAGAAACAAGGCCAUUUUCUCCCAGAAGAGGAUGAUAAAUUUCUUGAAAGAGUACGAGCUGCAGUUGAGGAGGAGGAGCAUCAAGCAAUCUUGGCAGCUGACAUGGAUGCUGCUAGGGAUGCCAUUGCAACUGCUGAGCAAUCAAGGAAAACAACCGAGAAUUUCAGACCUGACUCCAUUGAUCAAAGCAGUGCUAAAGGCGAGAGUAAGGAAAGUAAAGGCGCGACAAUUCCAAGCACUAAUGAAGGCGACUCUACUGCAGUCACUAACAAGGAAUCUGGAAAACAAGUUCUCCAGGGAGAGGGUUAUAGUGGAGCUUAUGAUGCUGUGGCAAAUUUACCUAUGGAAUUUUAUCACUACUAUCAUGGCAGCAAUACCGAUAUGGGCACCCUUAUUGAGGUGAGAAGAACAUGGGAUGCCUAUAUAAGACCAGGAGGAAGCCGGAUACCAGGACACUGGGUUCAACCUCCACCUCCUGCAGAUGAUAUCUGGGCCUCCUACCUUCUGCAACCUAAAUGAUUGGACUGCUGAUUCAGGCAAAUUUUGCUGAAAAAAUGGUGAAAUCUUGCCUCCUGAGAAACUACUUAAAUAGUAGACACUCGACUAGUCGACUUAAAUUUCUGUUUUUGGUCUGUUAGGAAUAGCUUGUAUAGUUUUUACUGGAUUGUUAACAUACAUAUCACCAUCUACUAACAGGUGAGUCUAGCAAGACUUUGUAAAUCAAAAUUUUUGAAGGAAUUUUACUUUCCAUUCUCAAAACUUCCCCUUUUCUUUUAA